AUGACGGGGAAAGCCUUGGAUGAUAUUGAUGCCCACCGUAUCUCUCUUGGUCAGCUUGCUGGACAACUUUCGGAUUUUAUUGGCGGCGGAGAGGAAGUCAAGAAAGCGAUUUUGAAUGGUUUGCACAGUAAUGUAACUCAGCUUGAAAAGCUUGUUAAAACAUCUUGCGGAGAUAAGGGGUGUUGUAAGGAUGCUGUGAAUUUCCGUGUUGGACCUCUUAAAAAUCUUCAAGAGCAAUUUAAUGACAUUGAUAAAAUUGAGAGAGAAAUUGAUGGCCUUAAAAAUGAAAUUGCUGAAAAAAGGAAGGCGUCCGAAGGGACGCCGCCCGGCAGUGAUACUGAGAUUCAGAAGCUUACAAGGGAAAUUGAAGAAAAAAAAUUGAAGCUUGACGAGCAAAAAAGGCUUGUUGAUCAGCAAAUUAAUAACCUUAAUGGUGCUUUAAAUGAGUUUAAUAAGAAAUUUUCUCGACAAGUCUCUACACUUACUGCAAGCGUAAGACAGUGUGAAGAGGAAAUUGAGCGGUAUAAAGAGAGUGAAAAGGCCUCUAAAAAAGAUCUUAAAGAUGCAGAUAUCUCCAUUCCCUACAAUCUUUCUCAUCCUCUUGAAACUGAGCAGGCUAAAUUGCAGUCUCAUAAUGCUUCGUUGGAGUCUCUUGAGAGUCUUGAAAAGCUUAUUACAUUUCAUGAGGAAGUUAGUAAAAAUCCUAAAACUGAAGAAUGUAAAAACAUUUUAACAAAUUUGUGCUCUGGCUUGGAGAAGUUCCUUGGAUACCAAGAAACUUCCAAAGGCUACUCGGGCUCCGGCAUCGUGUACUCGGACCUUGACAGGCUCUGCGACGGGGUGAUGGCGUUUUUGCAUGGUGUUCUUCAAAGUGUGAAGGGUGAUGAAAACGUUACAACUUAUGAUAAAUACAUUAAUGAAGAAGAAAAUAAACUUAGUAAUGUCCUUCAACAUCUCCAAUCUUCAAUUGGCUCCGGGCGUGUUGGCCUCUCGGCGUCUGUCACCAAGGUGAGGGAGUGGUUGGGGAAAUAUAAUGAGGAAGUUGAUAGGAAGACAAGAGGAGUGACCGAUGGAUUAUCUGCACUUAUAGGUAAGUUACAUGAUGGGUCUAAUUCUGUUUCAGGUGUGCAUUAUUACAAGAUGGUUGAAGGCGAGGCGACCAAGGAUCUCGGGACCCAGUUGUCGGACUGGACUACUACCGUCGGGAUGAUACAAGACGAAGUUAACAACAUCCAAAACAGUAAUAUUAACGAUCUAGAUAGCGCACUUAAAGCACAGAUAACGCACAAAAUAGAGCCAGUUAAGAAAGUAGUGGAGCACCUGAAGGGGGUUGCUGAGAAGAUGGCAGAGGGGGGGAAGGUGGGAGAGGUUGAUAGUACCAUUACUGAGAAGGAAACUCUCGUAAAAGAGCAGAUCAGAAUAAAAGCUGAGGAGCUUAGAGGCACAUUAAAACAAAACCUAGAUGACAUAAAUGGUAGAAUAGAUGCCAUCGAAACACAGCGUACAACUACGUUGAAGGCCUUGAAGGAUUCAGUCCAGCAGUUGGAGAAUGCUGUUACGGCGGCUGACGCAGCGGCAAUAAAAUUGGAUGAAGAGUAUGAAAAUGAGAUCGUCAAAAAACUAGAAGAGAUUAAUCCAAAGGUUCAAGCGCUUGGAACGGAAAAAAUAGCUAAUGAUCUUAGUAGCGUUUACAGCGCGAUCAGUAGCCAGUUGGAGAAGCUGAAAGCGAGAUUGGAGGCGUUUGGUGGACUUGGUGCAACGGUUCAGGGGGAGGUGGACAAUGCAUUGAUCCAUAUUAAGAUCUUUUUGCAUAAUGAGAUUUCUUCACUCAAGGGGCAGUUAAAGGGGAAGUUAAAAACGUAUGCGGAGGAAUACAUCCGGUUAGUUAGGCAGCAAGUCGAGGGCAUUAGAGUUGCGAUGGAUAUGGUGGAUACCAAGAAGGGCGGCAGCACAAAUAGCUCUCCUCUUCGCAGUCGAGCCAUUGAAGCGCAGACUAACAUCACGGGUCUAAAUGGCGAACUUGACAAGGCUGCCAAUGAGAUUGGUAAAUCAAUUCACAACGCUGUACAUGAAGCGAACCGUGGGCUUGGGUCGUUGGAGACCACUAUCCUUAACGAAUUAGAACAGGCUAUAAAAGGGAAGAUUAGUCAGCAGCUAAGUGCUAUGAGUAGCAGCGGAGGGUAUUCCGUUGGUAACGGAUACGGUGGGAUAGGGAAUGGUGUUGAGUUUGCCAAGGGUAUGAGCUACGGUAUGAGUCAGGCUAAAUCAUCUGCACUAACUGCUGCUGCGGCUGCCAUCGGCGAUAUAAAGCAAAACUUCGCUAAUGUGUUCAGAAAUGUUAACGCACAGAUAAAAGGUGCAGAUGGCAACGAUGACACACUUAAGAAGAAAAUCGAAAAGAUUGAAACUGGCGUCAAAAUGUUUUUCAACAAUGGAACAGGAAUUACAGGCAGGAGUGAUGGAUUCAACUUACUCAAGGACGGCCAAUUUGGCAAAUAUAAGUCCCAAAAGGAUAAAGCCGAAAGUGCCAUCGGCCUAGUGCUUAAACAAAUAGGUAAGCUUGAAGAAGUGUACCCUAAAGUCAAGGACCUUGACGAUCAGCUUGGAAAGGCGCUGACUGGCGCCGUUGGCAUACCGGGAGAUAAGGUUAAGGUUGAAGACAGUGUUGAUGCCAGGGUCGACGAGAAAAUAAAGGCGGCGGAUCCGCAACUCGACGAACUUUUGAAGAAGGCCGUUAAAAAGGGUAUCACCAUGUUGAAUAAAGAGGUGACACAUAUUCAUAGCCAACUUACUGGUGUUGAGCCUACGAUUAGGCCGCAAAUUGAUAAACUGAAUAAGGUGCCAAGCGGCGGCAGUCCAGGCGCCAUUCAGGCGCAAAUAUCCGAUCUUCAAAAACAGAUCGAUGAGCUCAAAAAACUGGUAAGCGGGGUUAACAAUAAGGCUCGGAGUACUAUAAAGACACAGGUGACGUCCUUGAAAGAGCAAGUCGCGCAGAUUCUGGCAGGCAUUACAAAAAUUAAUUCCGCCAUCGAAGAGUUUGACAGGGCUUUGAAAAGCGCAAUCCAACAAGCGCAGCAAGCUGCUAAGGCCGCCCGCAAAGAACUCGGUGAUCUCAUUGGCACAACGGAAACUGAACUAACGAAGGCAGCCAAAGCAGCCUUCGAAGCAGUCCACACCGCCGUGAAAACCAUGUUCGCCGAAGGCCACAAGGCGGACUUGGCGCAGCUUAAGGAAUUGGUCAGCGCUCAAAAUGCUGCGAUUACCGAUAUUAUAGAGAAAGAUAAAAAGAAUGGUCUGAAAGGUUUAAUGGCAAAAAUGUACGAGACGGGUGGAGACAAGCUGAAUGAGCUAAAAAAUUACAAUGAUCCGAAAAUUCCUGCACAUUUCAAAGACCUAUCUGACAAACUAAAAGACUAUCUAAAAUUAAUUUUCGACUAUAUCAGCGCACAAGUCAAAACUACAAGUUCGUCGCCAACCAAGGAGCCAACCAAAAUGCUGGGUGAAGUGCAAGGUAAACUUGAAACUUUGCUUGGAAAUCUCAGUACGUCAAAACACUUUGAUAACGUUUUUGUAACUCACUUAGAAUCGUAUUCCAGUGAACAUAACACUUUCACGCCGUCUCAGUUCGCCGGCCCGGAUAACGCUUUGCUCCUUGACGUGCUUCAGGAGGGGCUGCAGAGAUUGCGUGAUCAGCUCGACAGGGCGUACGUAAGUGCGUACUCUGGGGACUACUGGAAUAAUAAUAACAAAGAUAAGUGUGCUAAUGUUUUCUGUACUAUAAUGCAUACGUUCUAUCGUGAUCUUCGUGUGUUGCGUGAUGGGUUGACGUCGGGUGCUUGGUAUCACAAAAACAUUUAUCUAUCCGACAGCAAUCCUCUUGGUGCCUUUUUCAAAAAUUGCGACUACGGCGUCUCCAAAACCGCAGACACACAAAAUGGCGAGUUGAGAAAUACAAUUGAUGGUAAGACCAUUCUAGGCUUCCUUCAUCAAGCGAAUAAAAUAUUCAACAGCAACUUCUACAAGGGCCCUGCUAUAGAUUUGCACCGUCACAUAAGAACAUACUACACCGCCUGCCACCUUACAUUACACGACUCUCCUAGAUACCCUUCCACAGUCCGUGACAUGUUAUCCUGGUUGACGGGUCUUCCUUACACUGCGGUCUAUCAGGGCAUUAAGACACACUGUGACACGCUGCUUAAGAAGGAGAUCACAGACGCUGAGAAGAAAUCGCAGCCUGCGGAUCCCGUAAUAAGCAACAUUCUCAGAGAUGAAUUGCGUGAUAAUCUAGAUAAAACUUGCAAAAUUUCGUAUGAUCUGCUCACAACCUUGCAAGGCCACGGUAAUGGUUUCGAUCAGGCUGAAUACCGUUACGCUUCUAAUUUCCGUGACAACUGUCAAAAGUUUUAUUAUCCCACGAACGUUUCCAGUUUAUUUGCCAUGUUAACGGAACUAUGUACACGCUUGCUAUAUUCACUAUAUUUCGUGUACAGCCGCUGCCGUACACCAUCCAAAUAUAAUGGAUGGUCUGACUGUACGUAUGGUAAUGCCGUCCAGGGAUACCAAUCGAAUUGCAAUAUUGCCUCUCAUACCGGCAAGGACUGUGAUCCUAAGUCCUUGCUUCAAUCCCACUUAAUGGACAGACUGCCAGGUUUCCUGCCGCAUAGUCUAUCAUCAAAUGGCAACUCUCUUUCUUGUAACACUUGUCGCACUGCCCCCAGAGGCACGCCCUGCGUAACUCCAAUGGGUUUCUGGGAUAUGACCACUGCUGCAUCUGUGACCAAAAAUGGCAACGCAAUAUGCGAGGUACUCAAAGGCCUGUGCAAAAAUGCAGAUUCGCCUCUACCUAGAUUGCUACGUUCCCUGAUGUUCAUCUGCCCGACUGCACCUAAAAAUCUUGCUGACUUGUUUUCAGUUUUCUGCAAUGUUAUGCAAAUCUUCAAGGAUUCCAAAUAUGCGCAUAACUCUGAAUACAAAACCACACUGGACGUAGCCAUCAACAACUGUUUCCCAUCUUCAUAUACAAAACUAUUUCACAACGACUACAGUGCCACCAAUCUCACCGAUAAGCUGAGAGAUUUGUACUGCUCCAGAAAUGAGCAUCCGGAUCAAUUAUUGGACGCAACGCACCACGGUCUCCAAAGUUUGUCGCCAAAUCCAAUGUCUGAUAAAUCUGAACAAUGCUCACUAAAACUUGCCACCUGCGCACCUUACCUUCAGGCACUUGGAAGCCACGCCCAUCACACAUACGCCCCCAAACACGCGGCUUUAUACGUAUCAUGGUGCAGUUAUUUGGUCUGGGAAUUCUGGCAGUUACUAGACAGUUUACUUAAGGCUUUUAAUAACAUGUCAUGUAAAACUUAUGGGUGCUCAUGUAACUGCCCACCUGAAACCUGGCCCUUCGAAACUACCCAACCCGAGUUGCCAUUGCUCUUCGAUCGCUGA